AUGUCCGGAAAUUUCACCAACUUUUGCUGUACCGAUCUGGCCACCAGCGAAAACUUCUCCCUGGUGACUUCAACUUGGCCGACAAGCGUUGUUGUUUUAACUGCUAUUAUCAUGAUUGCAAUAAACUUGGCCACGAUUGUUGGAAACGCUUUAGUCACCGUAGCACUGGUUAAGAUGAAUGCCCUGAAGGUUAUCCCAGCGAACAAAGACGCUAUCGUAUCGCUGGCGGUUGCCGAUCUCUUUGUUGGUCUACUUGUCAUGCCUUGUGCGAUAGGCAGUGUUGUGGCGGGAAAGUGGCGCUUUGGACGAGUGUGGGGAAAACUCACCGCUUUUGGAAACUUUUUGUUCUGCAUUUCAUCUAUCAUGCAUCUAACACUGCUUUCUGUCGACCGUUACGUGGCGAUUUCUCGCCCCCUCGUCUAUUCAUCAGUGGUGACCAAGAACAGAGUUCGAGGCGCCUGUCUCUUGUUAUGGAUAUAUUCAACAUUAUGGGCAUUGCCGCCUUUAUUCGGCGUUGUUACAUACGAGUGCUUUAUUCCUUACAUCGGGAAAUGUUUCGAGACGGAAUGGCCUCGUGGGAAAGGAGCUGUUUGGUUCACUGCCUCAGUGGUUUGCUGUACCUAUGGGGCAGCGGUUUUAGUCAUGUGUUGUGUUCACUUCAAGAUCUUCAACAUAGUUGCAAAUCAAUCCAGAAGAAUUUCGGUGGAACUCAAAAAAUUUCGAGCAAACAAUGGCUUGGAAACGAGAACGAACGUUGCUUCAGGUAGAAAAGGAGCUUUAACAAUCCUUAUUGCCAUUGGAACUUACGUGGUGUGUUGGUCGCCAUUUUGUUUACUACUUAUUGUGCAAACCGCUCAUGGCAAGGCCACAGGAGGACCAACUGUAGAUAUAACAACAAUGUUCAUUGGCUUUGCAAACAGCGCUUGUAAUCCACUCAUAUAUUCUAUUAGAUACAAAAGUUUUCGCAUAGCUGUCAAGCGUAUGUUUGCGAGGAGCAAUUAUUACAUAAAGAAUCUGUUUUGGUCGGGGAUUUCUAACGCCUAA